AAUAAAUCAUCACCAUUUGGUUCUUUAUCUGACAAAAAAGAUUCCCCUUUCGGCUCAUUAUCUGGAGGUAAGAACCUUUCACCAUUUGGGCAAGCAGAAAAUAAAACUCCUUUCGGAACAUCAGUGAAUAAGAAAGAAUCACCCUUUGGAUCCCUCUCAAGUCAGGAAAAACCAUCACCUUUUGGUCUGACAAAUUCCACAUCCCCUUUUGCAUCAUUACUGGAUAAAAAAGAAGAAGUGAAACCCUCACUAUUUGGAUCAUCAGCCACUGAAAACAAAUCAUCAUUUGGAUCAUUCGGAAAUUUGGAGACAAAAUCUCCUGCAUUGGUAGAUACCAAAUCAGAAGAAAAGCCAUCACCUUUUGCAUCAUUGAACAAACCUGUUGCUACUGAAAAGAAACCAUCUCCAUUCGAUUCAUUAAACAAAGAUGGAAACAAGACCUCACCUUUCGAUUCUUUGAGUGGGGGUGCUAAGGAAGAUAGUCCUUUUGCAUCACUUAAUUUAGGGAGUCUGAAGAAUGAAUCUAAGGAUACAAAAUCCUUAUUUGGUAAUUUAUCGGAUAAGCCUAAACCAUUGUUUGCUUCCAGUGAAUCAGCACCUAAAUCUUUGUUUACAUCCAGUGAGCCAAAGAACGAGAAAUUACCUUUUGGUGAAAGCAAGCCAUCAGUUGAAAGCAAGCCGUUGAGUGAAAACAAACCAUUAGGUGAAAACAAGUCAUUAGGUGAAAACAAGCCAUUAUUUGGGACUUCAUCAGAUAAACCAUUAUUCAGUGAAAAGACAUCCAAACCGUUAUUCAACGAGACAACUUCCAAACCAUUAUUUGGAGACUCAAAACCAUUAUUUGGAGACUCAAAACCAUUAUUUGGGGAUUCCAAAGCAACUGAAAAGCCAUUAUUUGGUGAAAAGGAAAAACCAUCUACCGGAAAAAAUCAACCAUUAUUUGGUGAGGAGAAUAAAUCGUUGUUGGGAGAAAAGAAAGCACUGAUUGAAGAAAGGGAGAAACCAUUGUUUGAACAAAGAAACAAACCCUUGUUUGGAGAAGAGAAGGAAGUGAAAGAGGAAGGAAAACCAAAGAUCAUUGAACCCAAAAUCUCCACUAAGCCAGUUGAGCCAAAAUCCCAACCAAACCAAAAUGUUUCGUUAUCAGAGACUAAACCUGCAUCUCAAGAUUUGGCUGCAAAAGAAUCUCAAUCAUUGCCUAUCAACCACAUUAAGCUUUCAUACUACGAAACUACUCCAUCGACAAAAUCCACCGGUAACUCAAUCAAAGAUAAAAUCAAUCAAAUCAUCGUCGAUACCAAUGGCCAUAGAGUUGUGUUAAACCAAAAUCUUAAAUCAUUCCAAGAACAAAUUCAAUCACAUAACAUAAAUUACAAAGAAAAGAUUUUAAAAGACGAUAAAUAUAUCUCACUCAAUUCAAUAGCAUAUGUUAAAGAGAAAGCUAUCGGCCAACAUAAAGAAAUUAAAGAAAAGUUAAGUCAAAUUCAACAAUUCGAUAAGGAUUUAAAACACCUUAUUCAAAUAAAUGAAGAAGACAAUGUUUUGAAAUAUCAAAUCACCAAAUCCAUUAAUCAUUUGGAAUUAUAUCUUAAUGAAAUCAUCUCACCCAAAGAUUAUCCCUUAGAUUAUAAAAAUGAAUCAUUACGAAUAAGUUUAAGGAAGAAAGCUAAUAAAAUUCAUAAAUUACAAGAACAAUUGAUUAAACUUAUGAUCCCAUUGAAAGCUCAAAUUAAUGGUAGUGAAUUGACUAUUGAUAAUUUCACUAAACUACUUUAUGAAAUCAAUGAAAUUAUCAAUAAUAAAACCAAAGAUAUUGAACAAUUAACAAAUACAGUCAAACAAUUAACAAUACCAUCCAAUGAAAUUAUCGAAACCAACGUUGAUUAUAGCAAUAGUUUGAUGAAAAAAUGGGAGAUGUCCAAUAAUUUGAAAUCACAACCUCCUCAAUUUCUUAAAGUAAACAAACUAAAUUAA